UUUAUAAUAUACAAAACCAACGCAGCAGCCAUGGUUCUCCAAUCCAAUCCCAUCAGAUCACUCUCUCUCCCCGCUUCUCUGUUUCUCUCCGGACGCCCAAAAUGGCAUUUUCUCCCUUCAUCCGACGAACCAUUUCCAGGACACUCCUCUCUCAAUCGCACUUCUCUCUUCCCAAAUCCCAUCUUCUUCCUUCUUCCUCUUUUUUCCAUCAUCCACUCACUUCCGAUGAUCACAAACGCAUCGAUCGCGUUCCUGCUUCUUCACAUUCGCUUCAUUCACAGGGAGCGGCACCUGCUCUUGUGGAGUUUGCCAUUCUGAUCUGCACGUUAUGAAAGGGGAGAUUCCAUUCCCUAGCCCUUGUGUAGUUGGGCAUGAGAUCACUGGUGAGGUUGUUGAACACGGACCUCUCACGGACAGGAAAACAAUUGAAAGACUUCCAAUUGGAGCUCAUGUUGUAGGAUCUUUCAUCAUGCCUUGUGGAAACUGUUCUUACUGUUCAAAGGGCCAUGAUGAUUUAUGUGAAGAUUUCUUUGCUUAUAACCGGGCAAAAGGAACACUUUAUGAUGGUGAAACUCGGUUGUUCCUUCGCAGGGACGGAAAACCAAUAUACAUGUAUAGCAUGGGAGGCCUUGCUGAAUAUUGUGUUACUCCAGCGAAUGGAGUGUCAAUUUUACCAAAGUCAUUGCCAUACACAGAGUCGGCUAUUUUAGGAUGCGCAGUUUUUACAGCCUAUGGUGCCAUGGCCCAUGCAGCUGAAGUGCAGCCAGGGGAUUCUGUUGCUAUUAUUGGAAUUGGAGGUGUCGGUUCAAGUUGUCUGCAGAUAGCAAGGGCAUUUGGUGCUUCUCAUAUUAUUGCCGUUGAUGUUCAGGAUGAUAAACUACUAAAAGCGAAGACAUUUGGUGCUACUCAUACCAUUAAUGCUCGUAAAGAAGAUGCUAUUGAAAAGAUAAGAGAAAUAACAGAAGGAAUGGGAGUGGACAUUGCUGUGGAGGCGUUGGGAAGGCCACAGACAUUCAUGCAGUGUACUCAAAGUGUGAAGGAUGGAGGCUAAAAGUGAUAGGGUCUUAUGGAGGAAGGGCAAGGCAGGAUCUGCCCAAGUUGGUGAAGUUGGCAGAAUCAGGAAUUUUCAAUCUUAGUGAUGCGGUUUCUCGAACAUACAACUUUGAAGAUGCAAACAAAGCAUUUCAAGAUCUCAACGAAGGGAACAUCAUUGGUCGAGCUGUUAUAGAGGUGCUCUAAUCUUAAUCUAAGCGCUUCCCUAUAACAUCGCCCUUCAAAUGAAUAAAUAUUCUGUUGUUUUCAGAUGCUUUUUAGUUUCUUUGUGCUUUAAAUGUGUAUAUUUAAGGACAAUUUCACAAACCACUUUUCAACUUUUAGUUUCAUCAA